AUGAGUGCAGCAGUCAGGUUGCUUGCAGGCAAGACGGCUGCUAUCACCGGUGGCGUGACGGGCAUCGGUCGAGCCAUCACGCUCGAGUAUCUUCGUCAGGGUGCAAAUGUGGUCGUCAAUCAUUUGGGGCUGUCGAAAGAUGAACCUUUGCGGCAAAGUUUGCUCGAGGAGGCUAAGCGAUUGAAAAAAGAGGCGUCUCGGACAGCACCCACUGGAGAGCUCCUGGAGAUUGCAGGAGAUGUGACGGAUCCGAAGACGGGCACGGCACUCGUUGCUGAGACUGUUAAGAGAUGGGGGGCUUUGGACAUAUUUGUUGCGAAUGCAGGUAUCUUCAAAGCGUCCAAAUUCCUUGACAUUGACAAGGACAUGUUCGACACAUCAAUGCAUGUCAACGUAAAUGGAGCGUUCUAUGCUUGCCAGGCUGCCGCCAGGGAAAUGGUGAGGCAGGGUAAGGGAGGCUCAAUUAUUGGCAUCUCGUCCAUAAGCGCGCUGGUCGGAGGUGGUCUACAAGUUCAUUACACUCCCACCAAGGCGGCUCUGCUUUCUAUGACACAGUCCAUGGCGAUUGCACUGGCCAAGGAUAAGAUUAGGGUGAACGCUCUCUUACCCGGGACAGUCCAUACCCAACUGGCAGACGAAGAUAUGGCCAAUGAGGAGAAGCGUAAAUAUUUAGAACAUCGCAUUCCCUGGGGUCGAGUAGGCAAGCCUGAGGACCUAGCGGGGCCGGCUGUCUUCCUUGCGGCAGACCAGAUGAGUGGCUUUGUCACUGGAGCUCAACUUCUCGUUGAUGGAGGAAUCGGGAAGAUCGAGAGUGCUUACCUCACUAUCCACGCACGAUUACAAGCUAUGCCUCCAUAA